CCCCUGCCACUGUAAACCAGUAGUACAUUGGCUACUGUGUUUCGUAUGUGGGGGUUUUGCUGGUAUAAUUUGGUGACCGUACGGUAACGAAAACAUUAGAUGUAACUGGAAAAUCAACGGCCUUGAAAUCUAAAACGCAUGGGACAUCUAGUUCCUGUCAUGCUAAAAUAGGCUUAUAACAAGAUGUAACUUUUUAAGAAAUCGAAUUUACACACUCAAUACGUAAAACCUGUUUUAAUUGUCUUUAUUUUGCACGGUGAAGUUUUAACUACAAUGUCGGACCCUAACGACCAGAAGACUCAUCACCUAACUUCACAUGCACCUUCAGAAGCUAGAACAAAGUGAUGAGCCAGAAGACGGCCGAGUCAGUGACGAUAACAGCGGAGAACGACCUCAAGAGAACACCUGUAGUCAAGUACAGGGUGAGGGUGGCGAUUACGAGGGAGUGAGUUCUUGUUCAGGUGGGGGUCUUCUCGAUGCGCGACUAGGUAAGAAAAAGCACCGGCGGCGACCUUCCAAGAAGAAACGACGCUGGAAGCCAUACUGCAAAUUGUCGUGGGAAGAGAAGAAGGAGCUCGACGAGAGAGAGACGGCGCGGGCAUCUCGGGUGCGAGCCGAGAUGUUUGCCAAAGGUCUCCCCGUAGCUCCAUACAACACCACGCAGUUCAUUAUGGAGGAGCACGACCGUGAAGAACCCGAUCUUAACACUGAGCUGGGUGUCCGAAGAUCGUUAGGGAUCGGUCCCCUGGAAGAGUCUGCAAGUGAUGAUGAUUAUUUAGACGCUGAAGAUGAGGAUGAUUGCAGCGGCGCUGGCAGCGAUGGUAUGGGCAGACCAGGAAAUGCCGGAGGAGAGUUUCUUCAGCGCGACUUCUCCGAGACCUAUGAGAGGUACCACGUUGAGACUCUGCAGAAUAUGACUAAACAGGAACUGGUGCAGGAGUACCUGGAGUUGGAAAAAUGCAUGUCGCGUCUAGAGGAGGAGAAUAACCGGUUGCGGUGUGCCGGGGGAAGCCAGUACAUCAGCGCCACGCAGCCGGAUGCUUCACUCCUCAAACAGCUGGAAAUGGAACUAGAAAAACUGCAAGCCCAAAACGGCGAACUGCGAAAGCAGAACAAACUGUACAGAGAGAUAGGACUCCCUCCCCCUUCUGCAAAGUAACAACGGGACAAAUCAUGAAGUGGAUUCAAUGUAAAUAACUCUCAUGUGCAGUAGAAACGCUUAGUCGGUUUAAUGACGAUUAACUGAGUUUGCAGUAAUUCCAUUUUAACUUUAAUGCCACGUUCAGACCCAAGCUUCUCAUUUUCUUACUAGUAAUGUAAACAUUUGAGUUUAAGUGAAAGACUGAAGUACACAGAAGAUUGCUUUACUCAGAUGUAUAAAACUGAAUAGAACUGAUGAUAAACGUUUCAUGUGUUACCAGAGAAGUUUUUCCUUUUAAGAUUUUCGUUUGACAGCUUCUCUAGAAUGGAGUUAUUUCUACAAUUACAUUUGCAAUUGUAUAUGGUUUAUUUGUGAAUUUCGGUUACCGUCUGUAAACCUUGCUAUUACCGUCAUCUUAGGUGGGUUUAAAGGAUCACUUUAAGAGAAGAUUUAUAAAAAUUAAAUUUCUAAGAUUUGUGUGAUGGAAUAUAGGUAACAAACCCAGAGUGUCACAAUGCAGGGUAUAAGUUUUACUCCUGCAAUCAUGGCAGUAGCAUCAGAAUUGACAUAGGCAUUUGUGGGGGAAAUGGCAUACAUUUUAUAAAAUUGGACAGUCUUACUGCAUUGUGAACUUAAAUACAUUUUCGCCAGAAGCAGAAA